GAUGAGUGACGAACCGCCUGCGGAGCUCUUUGGCUCCGACAGUCUGCCGGAGACUGAUGACGUCAUCAAGGGUGAUGAAACAAUGGAGUUCUCAACAUCCGAGGAAAGUUCUAAGAUGGUUAAUGCCGAUUUUCAGAAGGUAAUGGACUCAAUAUCGGUGUCAGCGGACGGCGUCGAUGUGGACGACGAGAAACUUUUGUCACAGUUUGUCGUGGGCAACCUGGGCGCCGACGACCACCAUCACGGACCCACCGCCGCCGAAGAGUCAUCCUCUUCCUCACUGGCCGACGAAAAAGCGCUGCUUGAAUCGGUGCUGGCACGCGCCGCCAAUAGUGAUCAGGUGGCGACACUUGGUGACCAGGUGGCGACACUCGGUGACCAGGUGGCGACACUCGGUGGCCAGGGGAGGACACUUGGUAGCCUUGUGGGGGCACUCAGUGGUCACGUGGCGUCGCCGGCUGCCGGCGAUGAGACGCCGGAGGAGACGAUGCAGGUGGAGAGGUUGAUGGAGUCUAUACAUAGUGGAAGCAGUAAUGAUGAACCAAAGGUGGCAGUUGGCAGCAGUGAUGUGAAGGAAGAGGAGGAGGAGAGGGAGGUGGAAGCAAUGGAGGUGGACCAGCAGUCGAAUCAGCUGAUUAUAACUGAAACGAGGGGUGCAGCAGCUGAUACUGAAACUUUCCUACAACAGACACUGCAAGAUGAUGAUGACACAAUAUCAUCUACAACAAUCGCUGUCCCAACGACAACAACUUACCAAAGUUUGACGUCACUACAGGCGGCGGCCGACAUAUUUGGCGACGACGAAGACGACGAUGAUGACGUCAUCAAAGCAGCCGGGAUGCAGUCAUCAACUGCCGACGACAACGGAAGCCAGCAGACGGUGAUGACGGCACUGGUGGGUGGUGGGGGUGUGAUAACGGCAUCCGGUGGAGGGUAUGUGAUGACGUCAUCGUCAUCGGGUGGAGGCCAGCUGAUGACGUCAUCGGUGGUGAGAGAGGAGGAAGAGCUGACGUCGGUGGAGGAUGUGCUGUCGGCAUUGCAUUCGGAGCUGGAUGAGGAGGAGGAGGCUGCGAGAGGAGGAGGAGGAGGAGGUGGGGGAGGAGGAGAGGAGAUCAAGAAGGUGGAGGAGAAGUCGAAAUGGAAAUUGAAAGUGGAACAACAGCGGCAGCAGCAGGCACAAGUCACAAAGCCGGCUAAACCAUCCUCAGACGGCGCCAGCGGUCCGAUGUACAAGUGCUUUGUGAGCGGCUGCAAGUCGACUACUAGCUCUGCAGCGGGGAGCGGCGCAACUAGCGGUGGGAAGUCGGUGACUACUAGCGCUGGAGCGGGGAGCGGCGCAACUAGCGGUGGGAAGUCGGUGACUACUAGCGCUGGAGCUGGCAGUGGCGCAACUAGCGGUGGUGAGAUGCGGUUCUUCAAGCCGCCGCCGAAUCCGUUGAUAUUCAAGCGGUGGGCGCGCAACUUGUGCCAGGGAUCGCAACAGUUGGCAUAUACGGCGCUCAUCUGCGAACUGCAUUUUCGGCCGCAAGAUAUCAGGGAGGUAUUUGUUAACGGCAAAAAGAAGUGGGUAUUGACCGAGGGUGCCCUGCCCAAACCGUCUACAGCGUCGGCACUGGCAGCAGCGGCUGCACAAGGUGGCAGCCUUGCAGCACUGCAAGCUGGCAACGGUGCUGCUGCGGCGAUGACGUCACCAGGUGGCAAACGACCGGUCGGCCGGCCGAGUGGCCUGUACAGGCAACAGCAGUUCGAGGCCCUCCAAGCCGCACAGGCCAGGGCUAACAAGCUGCAACGGGAGAAACUCAGUCAAGACGCCGUGGUUGAAGACGAGAAGACAAGUACAGCUGAAUUGCUGUACACGCUAACUGACAACGCGGAAUCAGCUGAUGUGACGUCCCAAUCAGCUGACAAUGCAGCUGUUGCCGCUUCAGCUGUUUCUCCUUCGGACCAGUCAAAGCCGUUGACAGAAAACCCCCAAGUUCUUCAGGGACUAGAGGAAGACCUCGAGGAGUUGGACGUGUUUGUGUGCGGACUUUGUCAUACGGUGUUCCACUUUGUCGAGCAAUUCCAAGAGCACCGAGCCAGGGUGCAGUGCCGGGGCACCUCUACAUUCAAAGCUAGCUUGUCGGAGUCGAAACCCCACGUGUGGGCCUUCUUACUAUGGAAAAAUGCACAGACUAAAAUUCUAGGUGAGACAGAGAGCUCGUGGAAGCUGUAUCAGCGCUGGUGCAAGAUGACCGAUCAGCUGCGGGAGACGUGGAUUGCGGCGGGCAGAGACCUGCAGGCCAACAGCUGUGUGGUGCAGCAUCUCCAGUCAAUCAAGAAUGGAAAAUCAAAGACGGCUUCAAUCUAUUCAGCCCUUGAAGAGGAUGAAGAUAUCCGGCUACGGCCCUAUUCGCGCCGGCCCGAGUGGAACUAUGCCAAUGCAAAUGCUAGAAUGCCAAACGCGGGUGUGAAUCAAACCCAAGCGCUCACCAUAAGACGGCUGGAUACCAAUGAUGAUAAUCAGUAUGGAAAUGAUCGGCCAAUCAGCUCAAUCGCCAGUCCUAUAGACGAGGCUCAGUUUGAAGCACUCUAUAAUAGCAGUUCGUCGCUUGCGGCCAAAGAGAAUAUACUGGGAGGUGACUCGAACAAACUGCAUAAGAAACCGGGCAGAAAGAAGAAUGACGACUUCGAUAUAAAGACAGUAGUUUCUAGAGAGGUUGUGUUUUUAUGUUUAGCGUCACUUGCGGCCAAAGAGAAUAUACUGGGAGGUGACUCGAACAAACUGCAUAAGAAACCGGGCAGAAAGAAGAAUGACGACUUCGAUAUAAAGACUGAGAAAAAAGACGAUUUUGGAAAAUAUCCAAUUACAAAUGAGACAAUGGUCGGUCCAGCUGAUGGAUUGGUGACCACACAGGAAGAAUUUGUUGUGGAAAAGAUAGUGUCGCGACGCUUUAACCAGAAAAAGAAGCAGUACGAGUAUUUGUUGAAGUGGGAGGGAUAUCCACCCGAGCAAAACACGUGGGAACCUGCGCAGAACAUGUCGACAUGUCAGCACCUGUUGGCCGAAUUUGAGUCGAAUUUGGCGAAACAGGGGGCCGCAAAGGGGGCUUCGAUCUCCUCAUUCGAGGGCACCCAGGGGGGCACCCUGUCGGGGCCCCUGAAGAAGGGGACACCCGCCGCUGUAAAGCAGGAGAUGGUGGACAUCAAACAGGAGGUCGCCAGUCCACCGGGAACUCCCAGCGGCCGACCUGUACGCAGCAGCAAGAAGAAGGCUCUGGACCAGGUGAAGGUGUGGUGCGGCUCGAUGAUUCGGCCGCUGGACAUGGUUGAAGGGGGCGGCGGGGCCCUCAAGCGCAGUCUGUCGGACGACUCUGACUACUCGGACAAUAUGGCCGACUACGACGGCGACUACAAGCGCAUCAAAAUGGAGGACAGCGAUAGUGACACGGGUGGCGUCGUCAUGGUGCCCAGGCGGGGCGGUGCAAACAGCGUGGUGGGUCGCGCGCGUGCGCAGAUCAACGGUCUGAAGAGAGAGCGAGACGGAGAAGGGUUGGCUGCUGCAUUGGGACUGGAGUCAGACGAAGAGGGAGCGGCCGGCCAGGUCAAGGUCAGGGCUUCCUCUCUCAGUCCCACCAAUCAACAGGUGCUGGUAGCGAGUGCCAAGGGUGUGGUGAAGGUGGAUCCGUCUCAAGUACCCAACCUGACAUCGGGAGUCUACAUCAUGUCCAACAAGUCGGGCAUUGUCAAGUUGGACUCGGUCACACCCAACUCGGCCAUUUCAUCGCUACAGAGAAAGGGUCUGCUGAAAUCAACGCCCAGCCACAAAUCAGGCGUGAUAAUGCUGGGCAGUCGGAUGGGUCCGGGAGCUGCAGCCGCCACCAAAUCGGGCAUUCUUCGCAGGCCGACUGUGGCUGCAUCAUCACCCACCAAGCAACCGCAAAGCAACAGCAACACGCUGGCAACUACGGCUGCUACUGCGCUGGGUGGCCCUCGUCCUGUGGGGCCUCUCAGGCCUGUGCCCAAGCCGUCCAACAUUAUCAGUAGACAAACAGGAGUGAUGUCUAAACAGGCUCCAGUGGCCAGCCGCCUCCACGGUCUCAACAAGGGGGUUCUCACCACUCCCUCCCCUCUCAAGCGACCCGGAUCCAUGCUCAAGUCGGGCAUUAAACCCAUUGAGUCCAUCCUCGGCACGGUCGGCCAGCUCAGGAAGAAAGAUGAGUUGGGGACACCGCAGAAGCGAAUACUUGGUGGGGGUGCCAGAGGAGGGGUUGCAAGGGGAGGCAAAUCCACCGCCAAGAUGAUCCACAAGGGGGCGACAGUUGUGCCCCGAACCUCUCUCGUCCACUCUCGGUCAUUAGAGUCGUACGCCGGCGGCACAGGUGAGCCGGAUGUGGUGGUCGGUCUCCCCGACGACUUUCCGCCCCUGGGCGAUCUGCCCCCGAUCACACCGGACAGCCCCCCCAGGCCACUCACCCUGUGCCCGCUCACGGCAGAGUGCUGGCCAGGGCAGAGGGGAGCCUACACCCCCGCCUUCGCCUCCCAAGGUGGACAUCCCCCCACCACCACCACCAUUCAAGAGAUCAUUACUACCACUACAACGGCAACAACUGUCGCCCAGCCGCAUAUCAUCAAGGUGGUUGAUACGCGUAUCAAAUCAAGUAGAGACAAGGUAGUGAUGUCUAAACAGGCUCCAGUGGCCAGCCGCCUCCACGGUCUCAACAAGGGGGUUCUCACCACUCCCUCCCCUCUCAAGCGACCCGGAUCCAUGCUCAAGUCGGGCAUUAAACCCAUUGAGUCCAUCCUCGGCACGAAGAAAGAUGAGUUGGGGACACCGCAGAAGCGAAUACUUGGUGGGGGUGCCAGAGGAGGGGUUGCAAGGGGAGGCAAAUCCACCGCCAAGAUGAUCCACAAGGGGGCGACAGUUGUGCCCCGAACCACUCUCUCGUCCACUCUCGGUGUAAUGAACACAGACCUGGACAACAUAAAGUUAGAGUCGUACGCCGGCGGCACAGGUGAGACGGAUGUGGUGGUCGGUCUCCCCGACGACUUUCCGCCCCUGGGCGAUCUGCCCCCGAUCACACCGGACAGCCCCCCCAGGCCACCCACCCUGUGCCCGCUCACGGGCAGAGUGCUGGCCAGGGCAGAGGGGGAGCCUACACCCCCGCCUUCGCCUCCCACGGUGGACAUCCCCACCACCACGACCACCAUUCAAGAGAUCAUUACUACCACUACAACGGCCACAACUGUCGCCCAGCCUCAUAUCAUCAAGGUUGAGAUGAGUUCACAAGAAAUUCCAGCCAACGUAGAACCGGCGACCGUGUCUGUCAGAAAAGUUGCGUCCAGGUCUAGAGCCAAAUCGAAAGGCGCGGCUAAUGCAGCCGCUGAGUCAGCAACUUCUCUGGGCACAAUCACAGUUCCUUCGCGCAAGAUCUCCUAUCAACAACAGCAGCAACAACAGCAACAGCAGAUUGUUGUUGAACAACAGCCCGACGAGAUUGAUGACAACGAGAUGGUCACCAUCACCGGAGACGAUGGACUGCUCUAUCAGGUAUCGCAGGCUGACCUGAGGAACGCGGGCGGUGGAGCCCUGUUGGUUGACGGUGGGUACGUGGCGGGCGAAGCGAGCGCUGUAACGGUGGAGGCUGGUGACCAGGGUGGAGCCACACAGGUGCUCACACUUGAUUCGGCCUAUGCCGAUGCCGUCGCACAACUUAUACCCGAACAGUUCUAUGUGAAGGAAGGCGGCUCAGAGGGGGGCGUGGCCGUGGUGGAGGCGGGUGGGGGCGGGGCAGUGGUGGUUGAUGGCGCUGCAGAGGGGGGCGUGGUAGUUGGAGCGGGAGGCGAGGAUGAGGAAGAGGGAGGCCAAGUGGUGGCUCAGCUUGUCGAGGCAUGUGAGCCGACGCCUGGAGGAGGACGUCGGGUUGUUCUUCUACUGCCAGAUGGAAACCUAAUGAUGACAGAAGUGGACGAGGAGCAGUAUGCUGCUCUCGGAUUGGACAACAAGUAGAAUGAGAGAGAGUGUGUGAGUGUGUGCUAGUAAGAUAUAUGUGUGAGAGUGAAAGAACAAGUUCUGUAAA